ACAUUUUUUUGAAAAAUGGGUUUAUUUAGAGAACUCUCUAUGGAUAACAAUGAAUAUCUUUUGGACGAGGCGGAUGCCUAUGUGCGUUACAAGCGCUUACAACUUCAGCUGGAAUUGCUGCAAGUGCAGGAAGACUACAUUAAAGAGGAACAGCGUAAUUUGAAAAAGGAAUAUUUGCACGCUCAAGAAGAGGUGAAACGUGCCAAAGCUGUGCCCCUGGUUAUUGGACAAUUCCUAGAGGCUGUUGAUCAGAACACAGGUAUUGUUGCCUCCACCACAGGCUCCAAUUAUUAUGUGCGCGUCUUGUCCACAAUUGAUCGGGAGCAAUUGAAGCCAUCAGCUUCGGUGGCCUUGCAUAAGCAGAGCAACUGCUUGGUGGACUUGGUGCCACCAGAGGCCGAUAGCACAAUUGCUAUGCUGACUGCCGAAGAGAAGCCAGAUGUAAGUUAUGCGGACAUCGGAGGACUCGAUAUGCAAAAGCAGGAAAUUCGAGAGGCUGUGGAAUUACCUUUAACGCAUGCUCAUUUGUACAAGCAGAUUGGCAUUGAUCCACCACGUGGCGUGCUGCUCUACGGGCCACCAGGUUGUGGGAAGACAAUGUUGGCCAAGGCAGUGGCUAAUCAAACCACCGCCGCCUUUAUACGCGUUGUGGGCUCAGAGUUUGUACAGAAAUAUUUGGGCGAGGGACCGCGAAUGGUGCGUGAUCUCUUCCGUCUGGCCAAACAAAAUGCACCGUCGGUCAUCUUCAUUGAUGAAAUUGAUGCCAUCGCUACCAAGCGUUUUGAUGCUCAAACUGGUGCUGAUCGUGAGGUGCAACGCAUUCUGCUAGAGCUGCUGAAUCAAAUGGAUGGCUUCGAUGAAACCACCAAUAUUAAGGUCAUCAUGGCUACCAAUCGUGCUGACACUUUGGAUCCCGCUUUAUUGCGUCCUGGUCGCUUAGAUCGCAAGAUUGAAUUCCCAUUACCGGAUCGACGUCAGAAACGUUUAGUGUUCAGCACUAUAACUGCGAAAAUGAAUCUAGCUGAGGAUGUGGAUCUGGAAGAGUUUAUAGCGCGACCAGACAAAAUUUCCAAUGCUGACAUCAACGCCAUUUGCCAGGAGGCGGGCAUGCAUGCUGUGCGCGAGAAUCGUUACAUAGCGCAUUCCAAGGACUUCGAGAAAGGGUACAAGACUAGCGUGCGCAAGGACGAUGUACAGCACGAAUUUUACAACUAAAUAUGUAUGACGUAAUCAGUAAUUAAUAAUUAUAAGCUUGUAUUUUUAUUAGCAAUUAAGAAUAAUAUUCGAAAUGCAACGUCA